UAAGUUGCAAUAUUUAAAAAUGGUUAAGUUCACUGCCCGUGGAUUGGUCCCUCCGGUCUUCACACCACUGAAUGAUGAUUACACUAUUAACUUCCAAGCUAUCGAACCCUAUGCAAAAUUUUUAGCUGACAAUGGAAUUAAGGCUGUACUUGUUGGAGGUACAACAGGAGAACAUAUGUCUCUUAGCAUCACUGAUAGAAAGAAGAUAAUAGACGUGUGGGUAAAGGCCGGUAAACUGACCAAUGGACUUCACUUAAUGGUUCAAGUGGGAGGAGCCCCAUUGGCUGAUGUUUUAAAUUUAACAAAAUACUGCUCAGAUGUUGGUGUAGACUCACUGUUAACGCUGCCUGAGUUAUAUUUUAAGCCACAGUCUAUUUCUGAUCUGGUGUCUUACGUGGAGCUAGUUGCGAAAGCCGCGCCAAAUCUACCCGUAUUGUACUACCACAUACCGGGCAUGAGUAAAGUUGAAGUCAACAUGCCGAAUUUUGUAACAGAAGCUACUCGGCGUAUACCUAAUUUUAAAGGAAUAAAGUUCACAUCGAACGAUUUAAGUGAGGGCGCCCAAGUGUUGAGAGCCCUAAAAGAAGACCAGACAGUUUUCCUUGGUGCAGAUACUUUACUAGCUCCAGCUGCGCUGUUAGGAAUAAAUUCCGGUAUUGGUACAACGUUCAACCUGUUCCCACGUCUCGCACAAGAUAUUCUGGCGGCGAUUGAGAAAGCUGACCUGGUCAAAGCCAGAGCUUUGCAAGAGAUACUAAGCAUUGCGGUGGAAGCACAUACCGCUGAAGGUGCAUGGGUACCUAUAAUGAAGGCUGGUAUGGAAAUCGUUACCGGAAUCAAAGUGGGUCCUCCAGCACUCCCGCAGAGGCCUAUAUCUGAAGACGCGAAGAAGAGAAUUGCGACUAAACUUCAAGCAUUAAAAUUGAUUAAUUAAAAUUAUAAUGAGUUUUGUUUAGUACCAAAUAUUUUUAAAAUAUACAAUAAAAGAAUAAAAAUAAAUUGA